AUGCAAGCGCAGUCUAAUCAUGAUAUUCAAAACGCGAAUGGUAGCGCAAGUGCUCCCGCGCCGAACAGGAAGCCCCCAAAACUCCGACCUCCGAAGCUGCGAAAGGGUUCAACUUCAGAUCCAGGAACAAACGGCUCUAAUGAGCAAAGAGUGAAUGGUGUCUCAGGCUCUAUCAAGUCAAAUUCCCCUUCCGCAAACUUGGGUAGCAAUUCCACAGAUCCGAGACAGAAUGACCGACGAACACCUUCACCUCAGGCUGCACCGCAGGUUGAAAAACAGAACCAUCGUACUCGACACCACCGGAGAGCCCGUCGAAUUUCGGCAGAGUCACAAGAUCCGUAUCAAGGAAGUUCCGAACAACGGACGGUACAGGAAAGGCGCGUGAGCCACAUGCUUAACCCUCCGGAAACCCAGGGCCAGAUAGAGCGGGCCAGUGAACUUGUUCCAAAAGCAGCGACUGGACCUGUCGAGCAAGUGACAGAGUCUACGGAAGUAAAGCCUCAGUCGGCAAAAAACGAUCAAUUAAAGUUGAGGUUGGACUUGAAUCUGGAUGUGGAAGUUGAAUUGAAAGCAAAGAUUAGAGGGGACCUAACGCUGCAACUACUACAAUAA